GGCUGGGCGGGGCUGGUCCGCGCGGCUCUGAAAGCCAGCCUGGGGCGGGGUGCCGCCUUCCCUGCCCGCCGCGUCUCCGGGAAGGCCGCAUCUCCCCUGCUCCCAGGCGCCUUCUGGACCAGUCAGAGCCCAGAGGUUCGAGUUCCCAGGGACGCCCUCCCCCAGCCCUCCCUCCGCUUGCGAAGCCCCCAGCACCAUCAUGUGGCAGAAGGCGGAGUCCCUCUUCCUGUGCUACCUGCUGCUCUUCACCUGUUGCACCGGGGCAGAAGCAGGCAAGAAGAAGUCAGAGGACAGUGGCUCCGGGUUCUGGGGCGCCCUGCCCUACAUGGCCGUCGGAGCAGGGCUCAUGGUCGCCGGGCUGCCCGCGCUGGGCUUCACGGGAGCGGGCAUCGCAGCCAACUCGCUGGCGGCGUCGCUGAUGAGCUGGUCCGCGGUGCUGAACGGAGGCGGCGUGCCGGCUGGGGGCCUGGUGGCCACGCUGCAGAGCCUCGGGGCCGGUGGGAGCAGCGUCCUCCUGGGCAAGACGGGCGCCGUCCUGGGCUACGUCGUCCACAAGCAGCUGGAGGCCGGGGACGCGGAGGACGGGGAGGGGGAGGAGUAGCCAUGUCCAGGUGCCCUCCUCCCUGCCCACCCAUGACCCAGACGAAACGACUUUCUCCAAACACCCGGGGCCGUCAUUGGCUCAGAGGGAAGACCUGGGCCUCCCUGGGCGUGAUGGUCACCCUUGUGCUGGGCAGGCCCGGGCGGGGGUGAACACGGUGCAAAGGCCCGGUGGGGUGCCUCCCGCUCUCUCAAGAAAUAAACUAAAAAACAGGUGUGAAAA